ACAAUAAGUGGCAAACAUAACUUUAUACUUUGGUUUAAGUUUGAAUUUAAUAAGUAAAAUGCAAAACGGUCCCAGUUUAGUCAGUGGAGCAGUGUUUUUUUGCUUCCUGAUCGUAUCCUCAACAUGUCUUGGAGAAGUUGGCAACGAUGUUAGUUAUCAAAGUGACAGUACUGAGAGCGACUUCGAAUCAAAAGGACAGAGCGUCAUCCAACCUGAUCAGACGUCUUGCACAACAUGUACCCUAAUGGCACUAGCAUUAAAGGUGAAGUUUGAAUCAUUACAAAGGGAGGACAUGAUUGCAUAUGCACUCAAAUUAUGCUCCACACUCAAUAAGCUGUCAGACCCUUGCGCUAACAUAGUGUCCAACUAUUUUGAGGAAGUAUAUGAACUUGUGUUGGAUCAACUGCAGUCAAAUGAAAUUUGCACUUCAUCUGGCAUCUGCACAGUUGGGUUCCCAAAGACGAGGCAAGAGCUUCUAGUACCCCAAAAAAGGAAUUUUCAAAUUUUCUGCACAGAUUGCGAGAAGAUUACAAGACACGCGCAACAAUCGCUGUUGAAAAAUAUGUCAGUGGGAUUGUUCAAGCAAAAGUUGAAAGAGAUGUGCACACUGACGUUAAGCUUUGAAACUGAUUGCCUCUUAUAUGCAGAUCAAUAUUAUCAUGAAAUUUAUACAAUGAUGAAUCGCAAAUUGAAUAGCAGCCAAAUUUGCCAAUUUAUUGGCGCAUGCCAUAAUGCUCAAAGCCAGCAUGAAAACCUUCUUGACUUCAGCCCUGAGUUGGAAAAUUCCAUUUCGAUUUUAAAUCAUAACCAUUAUGAUUCCAUUGAUGACUUAAAGUUACCUCAAUGUUCUUUAUGUAAAAUAGUUUUUGCAGUUGUAAAACCUCUGAUAAAAAAAGGAGUUAGUAAGGAAAAAGUCCUGAAAGCUAUAAGUGCUGCCUGCAAUAAAUUAGGUAAAUUUGCCCAUAAGUGUCACGAUUUUGUCAACAAACAUGGCGAUCGGAUUCUUCACGUUGCUGGUAAACCUAAAUCGGUUUGCAUAUUGCUUGGAAUGUGUUUUCCAUUUGCACCGCUAGAAAAAUAUGAAAUAAAUGACGCCCAAAAGAAAGAAAACAUUCUGACACCCAUUGUAAAUUCAACGCAAGUGUUGGUUCAUGGGCACCUAAUUAGAACCAAUUUUUCGCCGAAUUGUAAUUUCUGCAUGAAUAUUAUCCAAACUUUACAGAAAUUUGUCAAUCAACAUUAUGAUAUGAAGACAGCUCUGGAUAGCGUGUGCUCUGUGCAGCCAAAUGAAGACCUGAAAAAUAAAUGCUGGGAAAUGUUAGAAACGCACAAACUUCAGAUUAUUGAAUUAUUGUCGAAAAAUGUAGCUUAUCAAGAAAUUUGCAGAACUAUUAACAUGUGCUCAUUGCUGGAGGAUGGAUAUGAAGACAUCCAACUCGUGGACACAUUCCCCAAGUCGACUAAUGAUGAAUUAAUUCAGAAUAUGAUGCAAUAUAUAUUAGAAGACAUUCAACUCGUGGAGACAUUCCCCGAGUCGACUGAUGAUGAAUAUUCCAUCGAAAAAAUUCCAUUUCUGGUAGAACAGCAUAAUUGGCUGAAUGGAGCAGAAUGCUACGUUUGUAAGAAAGUUAUCAAAGAGUUCAAAAAAUUUGCGGAACACCAUAACGACAAGGGUAGUAUUGAGAGGGCAGUGCAUCAAAUCUGCCAUAAGCUAGGUAAACUUUCUCAUAAGUGCGAAAAAUUGGCGGAGAAGCACCUCAAUAAGAUUGUCGACCUAAUAUUAAAGCGUGUCAAUAACAAAAAAAUCUGCAAAACAAUUGGAAUGUGUAAAUCUUCUAUUCGAAAUGAAGAUGUUGAACUGUUUCAGAAGAACACGGAAACAAGCAAAGCACUGCAGGGACUACAAUUAGAAAAUCCUAAGCAAGGUCCUUUUCGUUUAAUUUGUGAGCUCGUUCUGGAAAAGUUUGAGAUGUUACUAGAUACUAAUGAAAAACGUAACCACAUCUUGCACAGAAUGCUAUUUACAUGUGAUAAACUUCCAACAUUUAUGCGUGAACCGUGCCAAGAUGUCAUACAUAGUUAUGGUUAUGCUCUCUUGGAUUUGCUAAGCAAACUAACACCCCAUGAGUUCUGUCACAUUCUCGCAAAUCGUUUAGAUCUGACCAACUGAAUAGACAGAAAAGCAUACAGAGAUCUGAUAAAUCACUUAAUCAAUUAAUCUUAUUAAACUUCCUAAAUUUGUUUCUUGUAUUGGAAGUGGAUGCCGCCAAACUUUAAUAUCAGCGGUACGGUUUAUGAUUUUAUAAAAUAAAAAUUAGCACAUUAUUUUCCAUUUGUAAAACGAAAUAGAAACGUAAUUUUGUUCAAAACGGCUCUAAGCGUUUAAAUAAAGCACAAAGCAAUAUAUUUGUCAAGAAUUU